AUUUGUUACUUACUUCACAUAUACACCUACCCAUUCCAGAAAGCGGCGCUUGACUGAGUUGUGAAAACUUACUUGGUUUUGGAAAGGGGCGUGUCUUAGGAAAACUGCACAAAUCUUUGAGCGAACAUAUUGCGUCGAGCACUGGAAGGCAGCUGAGGUGGCCCGCUGCUUCUGUGAAGUGUGGAGCGAGGCAAAGUAAUAAUAUCUGUCUCUGGCGGAACCCGGAUUUCUCCUGGAAUUGCGGUACCCAGUUGCACUUUAAAUCUGUUGUACCUCACGGUUCUUCAAGUGGAGUUUUUUCAGAUCAGCUUGCAAUCAUGACUUCUCAGGGUGGGAACUCCUUACUUCAGGAUGGACAAGUUUUUAGUUUACAAAAUGCACUUAUUUACUGUAAUCCCACGGAAGUAAAAAUGAGUCAGAUGGUGUUGCCGUGCCAUGCAAACCACCAAGGGGAACUCAGCAUGGGCCAGUUGCUCAAAUGGAUUGAUACCACAGCUUGUUUAUCUGCUGAAAAGCAUGCUGGGUGUUCCUGUGUUACUGCUUCAAUGGAUGACAUCCACAUUGAACAUACUAUAAGACAUCUGCAGGUAAAACCUGCUUGGCACCAACAUGACAAGGAUACUGUCUGUGUAGGGCAUGUCGUAAACAUCAAGGCAAAAGUGAACAGAGCUUUCAACAGCAGCAUGGAGGUUGGAAUCCAGGUCAGCUGUGAAAACUUAUUUCAAGGAAAGGAGUGGAAUGUAUGUAAAGCUUUUGCUACUUUCGUUGCGAGUAAACAAGGCACAGAGAAGAUUCGUUUAAAACCAUUUGAGCCCUACACACAAGAGGAACAAGUUGAAUAUAGUAUUGCUGCUGAGCGGCGGCGGAUGAGAUUAGCACACGCAGAAACAAUCAAAGCUCUCCUUCUGAAAAGUGCUGUACAAGAAGAGUGUAAUCAGUCUGAAACUGUAAAUGUGGUCCCAGCUGAGAAGACAAGAGUGGAAAGUGUGGAGCUGGUGUUACCGCCUCAUGCCAACCAUCAAGGAUAUACCUUUGGAGGGCAAAUCAUGGCCUGGAUGGAGAAUGUUGCCACCAUUGCUGCCAGCCGCCUUUGCAAUUCAUAUGCGACACUGAGGACUAUUGACAUGUUCCAUUUUCGUGGACCUUCACAAGUAGGGGACCGACUCGUUUUAAAAGCAAUUGUGAACAGUGCAUUUAAAAAUAGUAUGGAAGUUGGGGUUUGUGCACAUGCCUAUCGGGAAGGAAGUGAAGACAGCCUAAGGCACCUCAACAGUGCUUUUAUGACAUUUAUUGUGCUGGACAAAGAAGGGCAACCAAUCACACUGCCUCAAAUUAAACCAGAACCAGGGGAUGGAGUACGAAGAUAUAAUGAAGCCAAUGCAAGAAAGAAACUAAGGCUUGACAGAAAAUACAUCAUCUCAUGCAAACAGACUGAAGUACCUCUGUCAGUCCCAUGGGACCCAUGUAAUCAGGUUUAUCUAAGCUACAAUAAUGUAUCUGCACUGAAAAUGCUUGCAGCAAAGCGAAACUGGGUGCUUGACUCUGAGAAAAAUAAGGUAAAACUUUCAACCCUGGAAGAUGGCCAAUUUUUGUCCUUCAAAAUAGAGAUGGAAGUCCCUUUGGAAGCCAGUACCAUUUUUCUCAUCCUGUCUGAUCUUACCCGCCGGACUGAAUGGGACCCACACUACCAGAAAUGUGAGGUGAUCCAGAAGGUUAAUGAUGAUGAUACAAUCUACCACCUUAUAACACCAUCUGUCAAGGAAGGAAGCAAAUUCCAGGACUUUGUAUUACUAGCAUCAAGGAGAAAGCCUUGUGCUGCUGGGGAUCCCUUUGUCAUAGCUUUCAGAUCUGUGACACUGCCCACUCAUUUGGCCACUUCAGAGUACACUCGUGGAGAGGUUCAGUGUGCUGGCUUCAGUAUCCUACAGCAAGAAGACUCACAAACAAAGGUCACAUAUUACAACCAAGCUAGCCCAGAGGUUCUUCCUUAUAUCACUACUGAUAUAGCAGGACUGUCAUCUGGUUACUACACCACAUUUGAAAGCUGCCUUAAAUAUAUUGAAAGGAACAAGAAUAAUAUCACAUUAUUCAUGCAGGAGCAUAAACUGUAAAUACAACAUUGCUGUUGAAAAGAACUGUGUGACGGAGUACGUACUUCUCAAGCCAUAAGCCUUGGACUGAACUUUUAUUCAGUAAUGGAUUUUAUAAAUAACAUCUUCAUACUUAGGGAUCUUUUUGUGGGCUGCAUUUGCCGUAUGUCUCCUUUAUAACUGUAUGUAACCUGAGUUCAGUUAUUUACUAUAAGUUACAGGGUAGGCUAGUUAACUGCCAUUUCUGUGAGCUGCACCUUACUUAGUAGCAGGUAGAGCGUUUCACUUUUGUGGUGCUCUUAGCCAUACUCACUGUGUGCUGCAGUCAGCAGGGUCUUCAGAAUAGAACCAUAGGGCACUGAUGCCACUGUGUGUGAUAAAGGUUAAUUUCUAGAUUCUAGAGUCUUUAGAAUGGGAGGUCUCGUUAUGGAUACCUUUUGUAGCUCUGUUUAUGUAUGUUUGUGCACUCUCUUUAAAGGUUGUUGCAAUACAAUGCCAGUACACUUUCUCUCGGGGCAAUGAUGUUAUUCUUUAACAAAUAAAUUAAUGUAUAGGUGUCUCAUGGUUAAGCAAAAGGUAAACAAAUGCUAUUCCAAGCCAGUUGCAUUAAAACUAAGUGUGCAUUCUUUCAGAUGGAAUAGUUUGAAGCUUCAUAUUUUGAUGUCAUUGGGACACUGUUUUGUUUCAAAGGCCAGUUGCUGUAUACUGUUGAAUUUGCAGCUGUAUCUGCUGCAAUAAAAUGCAGCUGUGAUGGCGUGACGAAAUAAGCAUGUUUUAUCAAAGUUAUAGUAAAGAUGAAGACCAAAAUAA